UAUUGUAUUGCACGUGUUCCGCGGGGACCGUUACUGCGGUUGCACCAGACGUUAACGGAUGUUUCACAAGUGAGAAGUUGUUUUCGUCCUGUUUCUGUCAAGUGUGUGUUCAGUUGAGAGCAGUUUUAAAUAUGGAUAAGAUGGAUAUCGCAGCGGGACGCGACGAGAUAGACUGGGGAGGAAACAUGGCUGAAGAGCGGGGGAUUAAGAAAAACACAGUUUUAUUAAAAAAUGUCCACACGGAUCUUCCAAAUCCACUCCCACGCCAUGUGAAGUGCACUCUGGUUAAAGGAGACUAUCGCUACUUCCAUUAUGGCUGUGAUGGACAGGAUGACAGAGGGUGGGGAUGUGGCUACCGCACCAUUGAGACACUCGCUUCCUGGGUUUGUCAUAACUUGUCUCCACACAAGCACCAAAGUAGACCACCACCAAGUAUCCCAGAUAUCCAGCAAGCUUUGGUUGCAAUGGGGGACAAGCCAAACUCCUUCUCAGGCUCCAGAGAGUGGAUUGGGACAUUCGAGGCCUCCCUGGUCCUUGACUAUUUCUACGAUGUUCCCUGUAAAUUGGCUCACAUCAGAGGUGGAGGCGCCCAGUUGGAGCAUGAUGCAGUGGAAGAGCUCCAUCAACACUUUGAGAAGCAUGGCUCUCCAGUCAUGAUGGGAGGGGACAGGGACAAUUCCUCUAAGGGGAUUUUAGGGGUGUGCACCGGGAACAAGGGAAGUUACUUGCUUGUAGUUGACCCUCACUACUAUGGAUGUCAGCCGGAGAAAGCAGAGCUGCAACAGCGAGGAUGGGUGUCGUGGAAAAGAGUCUCAUCUCUGGAUCAGACUUCAUUUUAUAAUCUGUGUAUGCCUCAGACUGCCAGGACGGGAACAUAACUAAGUGGCAGACAUUGUGUCUGUCUUGGACUUAAAUGUGUAUUAUUAUUAUUAUACUGUGGCAUUAUUUUACUUUGGUGCACUGUAAGCUAUCCAGAUGUGUUGUCAGUACUGUCAGUCAUUCUGAAAAUGAGCUGCAGUGCCACUCUGUGGUGAAAUUAACAAUCUGUUGUUUCAUCAUCAGUUAUGUUUAUUUGCAUCACUUUCUAUUCUUUCUUAAGCGUAAAGAUGUGGAAAUCGAGCCAAAUAAUAAAACAAUUAUACACACA